CAAUUGGGUUUUACCUCGCGAAGAAAGGUCCGUCGCACGAGUGACGAUGACCGCACAAUAAUUCCGUAUCUACACAGUGCAUAAUAUAAUUUAAAAUAUCAUCAUAAUACCGUGUGCGCUAAAUAAUACUCUCAGACUGCAGUUUUAUGCGCCGACAGUGAUUUUCCGCAGCUCUUCGAAUAUAAUAAUUUAUUAUAUUAGCAUACAAUAUCGUCGCAUCUCGUCGCAAUAACACAACCAACACUUCAUCACCAGCUACCACUUAUAUAAUAUAAUUAUAUUAUACUGCGACCGAUCCGGACCCGAUGGCCACGUCGUCGUCGUUCGCGCAAAUAUGGUCGGGAGUGCAAGUCGAGUACGGCGACAGAAAGCUGACGUCGGACGCACCCCACUCGCCGCCACCCACACCGAUAGUGCACCGGACGUCCAUGCCCAAGACUCACCCACAACUACAGGCAGGGUACAAAUGGCAAAUCGUGUGGCGCAACGUGAUCGGCUUCAUCGUAUUGCACUCGAUCGCCAUCUACGGGCUCUACCUGGGGCUCUGCGGAUACGUUCAAAUAAAAACCAUACUGUUCAUGAUAGUGGUGGCGGCGUGUAGCGCUCUGGGCAUAACGGUCGGCGCCCAUCGACUGUGGGCCCACCGGUGCUACAGCGCUCGUCUACCUAUGCGAGUGCUGUUGGCCGUGUUCCAGACAUUGGCGUUCCAAAACCACAUUUACGAAUGGGUCCGAGACCACCGGGUCCACCACAAGUUCACCGACACGGACGCCGACCCGCACAACUCGUCUCGGGGAUUUUUCUUCUCGCACAUGGGCUGGCUGAUGGUCCGCAAACACCCGGACGUGUCCUCCAAGGGUGGCGCGGUCGAGAUGAAAGACUUGGAAGCCGACCCGGUGGUCAUGUGGCAGAAAAAACAUUACUUAUGGCUAGUUCCUUUGGUAACGUUCCUGAUACCGUCUUUCAUACCAUACUGGUUGUGGCAGGAACGUUUUUGGUAUGCAUUCGCUGUGGUCGGCGUCACGCGUUACAUGAUAUCGUUACACUUCACGUGGCUGGUCAACAGUGCUGCUCAUAUAUGGGGCACAAAACCCUACGAUAAGAACAUCACACCCACCGAGAACCCUACAGUGGCGCUUUUGGCGUUCGGCGAGGGGUGGCACAACUACCAUCACGCGUUCCCGUGGGACUACAAGGCGGCCGAGCUGGGCAAUUACCGGUUAAACUUCAGCACGGCGUUCAUCGACGGGUGCGCCCGGCUGGGUCUGGCGUACAACCUGAAGACGGCCAACGCCAGUCUAGUGGAGAAGCGGUCACGGAGGACGGGCGAUGGCACCAAACGACACCACCACCAGCACCACAAUCACCACCACGUGGAGGGUGGCGUCUGGGGAUGGGGCGACGAGGACAUGGCCGAAGACGACAAACGGGUUGCGCAAGUCAUCGACUGAUGCGGCGGCGGACUUCCGGUCGGCGAGGCCGAUUUUAAAUUGUAUUUUUUAAUUGUAUAUAUAUAUAUAUAUAUAUAUAUAUAUAUAUAUAUAAUCUAUAUAUAUAUAUCUAUAUACGUACACAUUCCUCCGAAAUCACGUGUACACCUAUCGAUAUUAUAUAAUAUACUUACGUGUAUAUCGUAUCAAUCAUACCCUUCGAGACGACGUCCUCCUAGUUCUUACGGUUUAAUUUAAUCUUAUUUUUUUUUAUGUACUAGACGUAUAUACAACUUAUAUACUAGCGUUAUUGUAUUUGUAUUAUUAA